AUGACUGUGAUUGGAGGGAACCAGUCACCUUGCUAUCACUCUUCUCCACACUCUGGUAGUUUGGAAUCUUCAAUAUGGCCAUUACCAUCACCUCAAAAGAUGUUCACGCUGCUACGUCGUUCCCAUGCAGAUAUUGAUAUUGCGGGUUUGACGAUAGCAAUCGUCGUAACUUUCACUCGUCUCGGUAUUCGAAUCAAGAACAGAAAAUUAGGAUGGGACGAUUUCUGGGCCACCUUCAGCAUUAUCGGCGCAGCACUGCUGAUGACCGGAGUACUAAUCAUUCUUGAUCCAAAACCAUCGAUGAGCCAACUAACCCGCGUCGCGGGCUAUUACAUAACGUCAGAAGGGUUCUAUACAAUCGUCUGGACCUCACGGCUUUCCAUCCUAUGCACUAUCAUUCGUAUAGCUCCUCCAGGAACUAUGCGAAAAAUCCUCUUAGUAGUCGGGUCCUUAUUUGGGGUUAUGUGGAUUUUCCUCGCUAUGCAAGAAAUCUUCAUUUGUGAGAGGGAGCCAGAUUGGAAAGCAGCGGUACCAACACAAUGCCACCUAGGAAAAUCAGUGGCUAUCACCCAAUUGAUCACUGAUAUUAUUGCCGACCUUUGUCUACUCAUCGCUCCUUUACGGCUCUUCUGGAACUCCAUGCUGCCUAGUGGACAUCGGAUGCGGUUGAAUAUAGUAUUUUCUACCUGCCUUUUGACGACAAUCGUUUCCCUUGUUCAUGCGUAUUGGAUAUUUGCCAAUCUCGGUUUGAAUGAGAUCUUCACCGGAAUCUUCGAGACGACAAUAUCCAUGAUAGUAGCCAGCCUUAAUGUCCUCGUGGGAUUCCUAUACCACACCAUGACCAAAGGAAGCUCUUUACCAUCGGAGCGUACUGGCACAGGUGCUCAAGGAAUUGAACUUCACGGACGUUCUGUAGCCACUGGUCCAAUAUCAGUGGACAUCACUACGACAACCUAUACUGAUGCUGAAGCCGGAGCCUUCAAAGCGUCUAACAAACGGCAUCAGGAUAUAUACAAUGACGGAUUAUACGAGGAAGGAGACAAAAAAUCGGAAAUUGUCCAGUUCAGAGGAUACUGA